AUGGCCCCAAUCAUCCUCUACCCUCACCUCAACACCCACCACCCCCUCUUCCUGCUCCCCCAAGAAAUCCAAGACCUCGUCUUCUCCUUCGUCUUCUCCGAAACCAAUCUCGACAUAAGCACCACUCGCGAUGCCGAGCUCCGCAUCUUCGAGAAACACCUAAUCCUUCGCCGAACAUGGCCAGUCCCACCACCGAGCUGGAAAGGGUGCCGAAACGUCUUUCGCACAUGUAAAGUCUUCUAUGCCAACGGCCUGGACUUCCUCUAUUCACAAAUGUCUUUCAGCAUCCGUAUCAAUGGCGACGAUGAUGAUCCUGGUCAGACGCGAAGCAGGUUGCACUCGGACUAUCCAUUCGGGAGAUUGGAUGAGUGUUUGCCACUGCAGUAUCUGAGACGGGUGCACGUCAGUAUGAGUGCUGGGUCGAUUCAGGAUCUGGUGAGACUGGAGACGAGAGUAAAAGCUUUCGACGUCGCUGUGAAGGAGAGUCCGAAGCUGUGUGUGACGGCGAUUAGAUUAUCGCUUGGGCGGCUGUUUGUGACCGAGACUGUGUUCUGGUUGCUGGAGAGAGUUAUGGGCAUUAUGCUUCGGCACUGCUCGGCAGAUGGCAUGCAAGAUGAGCAGCUGUUCGUCAAGAUCUUCUCGAACCCAGGAAACGACAUCCCGGAGCUGUUUCUGAGGGGAUUGGCACAGAUGGUAAGAAAGGUGGGUCGGAACGCGUCAGUCGUGAGCUACAGUAAAGGAAUGGUACUGCUAUAG